AGUCCCAGCUGCAGCCCGUCCCCGCCGGAGCGGGGGUUCGCCAUACACCUCCCCCCCCUCCCGAAAAAGCCGGGCCCCGAGGGAUCUCCGUGACGGGACGCAGCAAGGUAAGGCACCGGCACCGGCCACCGGCAGGGAAGGAGGGAGCACCGGGCCCCGGGCCCGGGCCCCGGCCCCGCCGCCCUCGGCUCCUCUGGGCUCUCCCGCCCUCCCCUCCCGCUGCCAGCCCGGUGCCGCUGCAGCCCCGCCGGGCGGAGCGCAUCGGGAGCGCGGCGUUGGAGCGAAAAAAGGAGUUGGGGGGGGGGGAACAAAAAAAAGCGACGGCUGAAAAAAGUGAGCGGUGGGAUGUAAGCCCGAGGAUUUGCGUGGACUGUGUUUUUAUUUCGGCAGCUCCCAGACAAUGGCUACAAGGCGUCGUUUAAUCACUUGCAGAUACCGUUUCGAUGCUUUAAACCCCUGAAGCCCGGCGCGGCUCUGUGCUCGCUCCGCGUCCCGCUCCCGCUGCCACCGAGGGGCUCCCGAGGGCCCGCUGCCUCCCCGCGAGGGCUUCGUUGUAACGCCGCAGGGUAUCGCUGCCGUGCGGCGGCCGGGGGAGGGAGCAGUCCCAGCCCGGGUCCCGCUGGCGGGCAGAGCGGGCGGCAAUGGGCGAGCAGCGGGGCAGCGCGCUGCCAUCCUGCAGCUGGGCUGCACUGUAGCACCGCUCAGGGCUUCGUGCCUCGGUUUGUGUUAGGCAGAGCCGCUGGAGUUGUGCGUGUGUAAAAGAAGUGUAAGGUGUGGGGAUGAAGCCUUCCCUACCCCGAGUGAUUUUUGCUGGCUCGGCUGGUUGGGGCAUAGCCCGGUUCCCAAAUGGAUAGUGCGGGAGUGUGGGACAUGGGCAGCCCGCACCGUGCUGUGAGGGAGCAGGGAGACAACUGAGAGGGUCUGGUUUGCCUGCUGGGAACACACUGCUCCCAGCUUUCAGAAAAAUGGCAUUUUGCAGCACUCCUCAUCAGGACUGCCUUGUCCUGUGCUGCUGCCACGCAGCACUCAGAGCUGCGGGAGAGGGCUGCGCUGCUGCGUCCUGCACCACCACCGAACUCUCUGGAGCACGUAGUGGUGUGGUCAGGAUUCAAAACUUGUUCCUAUUGAAGAAGGAGAGAGCUUUUAAAAGCAGAUUUUGUGUUCUAUUUUCAAUAUUACCAAUGAGAAGUGCUGUUUUGCAUGUCCCACGCAUACCGUGCGGGUGUAUUUGGGAUCCUGCGGUUGCAGUUCCUCCUAUUAUCAGCUCCUCUCAGUCUGGAUCUCGCCACCCACAGCUGAGAAGCCCCUCUUAAUUUAAUAGAGCAUUGUAACGUUGCUGAUAAAACCCUUCCCGCUGCAGCCCAGCUGAACCUUCCCGCUCCCAAAAUCCCAUUGGCACCUGGCAGCCAGCAGCUUGUGACAAGCACCGGGUGCCACUGUCACCCCACACUGCCACCCCCAGGGAGGUGCCGUCGGCCCUGUCAUGUCAGGAAUGCAGGUCAGGGUGGCAGCAAGCGUGAUGUGCUGGCCAGUCCUAUGCCACGUGGAAUCCCAAGCAAUUACUUGCCCGAGCGACCCCGCUGAAAUUAAUAGGGCCUCUUUUUUUUUAAUUGGAGCCGGCUUUGCGCUGGGAUCACCCUGCAGGACUGUUGUGUUGCGGACUGCUCCUUUGGAAGCACGGAGGAGAAGCAUUUCACGUUCCGCAGUGUUUAUAAAUACAAUAUGGUGCGAGCUGUCAAGCAAGCUGCUCCGAAUCACGUAACGCCUGCGCCCCGCCGGGCUCCACGGCCUGCGCAAGGCCUCACUGUGCCUGACAAUCAGUACUGCCCCACAGCCCUGCUCGGUUCAGCUCAGCCCAUCGGCCACAGUCUGUGGGACUCGUGCUCUGGGCAUGAAGCUGGCCCCAGUCUUGGGGGGCCCUUGGCCCUGGAAUCAGGGGAUCAGGGCCUCUGUAGUGCGGAGGCUCUGUGGGGCAUGGGUGCUGCCUGGCUCCAUGGUGUGCCAGGGUUGCCAGUGUGGCAGGAUGGGAUGUUUAUUAAACUCAGCCCCUGCUUUGUCUUCUGCGAUUUAUGUUCCGAAAGGCUCGUAGUAAACAGUUUAUUAAAGAGAAAUCCUGAUUUAUUUCUGCAAGUGGUUGCACCUCGAGGUGGUAUCAAAUGGUUUUGCAGGAGACCGGCUUGUAUUCUUCCUCUGACAGUUUCGAAGAUUGCUAGGAAAAUAACGCAGAGACUGCGUGGGUUCGGAUGAAGGCAGCCAGAAGCACACGUUGGGGUGCAUGGGGCUGUCCUGUGGUGGGGCAGUGGGUUCUUCUGCAGAACAUCUGGGUGUGGGUUAUGGUGUGGCUUUCAGGAGGGAUAGCACGUCGUGUUUGGCCUCGCCUCCGUCUUGAAGUCACUAAACUUUAUGUGAAUAAUAAAACCGUAAGCCCAUUACUUCACUAUUUUCAGGGGACUAUUUUAUGGCCUUCUUCGGUAUCUUGCCUCUUUCUAGAGCUGGUUUUAUGUUGUGUGCUGGGUAUUUGUCUUUUCCCUCCCCAACUUUUUUUUAUUUUCAUUUCUGCGGGAGGCGAUUUGCACAUUCAUGCCGACAGACACCCUCUGCGUGCCGGCUCUCUGUGCAACCCUGCUGCAUAUUUUCUGCAUUGAGGGUCUAAUGAGGGCUGCACACCUCUCAUUCAGCCCACUCAGAGCAGCCCAUGUCAUUAGCACCGGGCAUUAUGGAGCCGCGGCCAUUCGGCCACUAAUAAAGAGUUAACGUGACAGCGGGGCUUGGCUCCCUUUUUUCUGCUUGCUUACAAGCUGUAGAGAAGAAGGGAAUGGGGGUUCAACAGGAGCACACAGAGAGCCCUAAGUGUGAUUUUUCCAGCCAGGACAUUGCUGUAGGGCACUGCACUUUGCUGUCCAUGGGGGCAUGGCCCUUUGGGAUGAAGGGAAAAGAGUUAUGUCCAAGGGAUGGGAAUUUCUUGGGGUAUGACUCGAGUAGUGCUGGAGCUCUAUCAUGGAGAAGUGAGCAUCCUCCUGGAGAAAAGGCUAAAGCCCCACAGAAGCUGUAUCCCCAAACUUUGUUUUGCAUUGUGACUGAGAACGUAUUGUUUCCAUGGCAGAAAUCCAUGUUAGGUCCAGCAGCAAUCGUGUCUGUCUGAGGUAACUGCUUCACAGAGUUAACGCUGCUGGGAGGAGCUGGAGGGCGAGGAGAGGUUGUGCCUGAAAACUUCAGUGAGGUGUCACUAGGAGAGGAAGCAUCUGCCCUUCGAUCAAGAAAUGGGUCAGGGCAAUAAAUUUGAACUCCAGGAGAGCAUGUCUGAAGGCAGAGAUAAAUUAAGAAGAACCGGGAUGGAUGCUCCUGCUCCACUGCCCGCUGCUCUUGCUGCUGCUGCCGCUCAGCUCCAGGAUGCAGAAGCUGCCUACCAGAGAUGAGGAGCUAUUCCAGAUGCAGAUCCGGGACAAAGCGUUUUUUCAUGAUUCAUCAGUCAUCCCAGAUGGAGCCGAAAUUAGCAGCUACCUCUUCCGAGACACACCUAAAAGGUACUUUUUUGUGGUGGAAGAGGACAACACACCCCUAGCAGUAACAGUGACACCCUGUGAUGCUCCCCUGGAGUGGAAACUGAGUGUACAAGAGCUCCCAGAGGAAGCCAGUGGAGAAGGUUCAGGAGAACCAGAACCUCUUGAGCAACAGAAACAGCAGAUUACUAAUGAAGAAGGCACAGAGCUGUUCUCUUACAAAGGCAACGACGUUGAGUAUUUUGUGUCCUCUAGUUCCCCUUCUGGUUUGUACCAACUAGAUUUGCUGUCAACAGAGAAGGAUACACAUUUUAAAGUGUAUGCAACUACUACUCCAGAAUCUGACCAACCUUACCCUGAAUUACCUUAUGAUCCAAGAAUUGAUGUUACUUCUCUGGGACGUACGACAGUAACGCUGGCAUGGAAGCCAAGUCCCACGGCCUCAUUGCUGAAACAGCCAAUUCAGUAUUGCAUAGUCAUCAAUAAAGAGCACAAUUUCAAAAGCCUCUGUGCUGUUGAAGCCAAGCUGAGUUCUGAUGAUGCCUUCAUGAUGGCUCCAAAACCAGGUCUGGAUUUCAGUCCGUUUGACUUUGCCCAUUUUGGCUUCCCCUCAGACAGCAAUGCUGGCAAAGAACGUGGUUUCCUAAAAUCACCAUCAAAAUUUGGGCGUCAAACAUCCUCAAAGCCAAGAGUUGACCUGCAUAAAGUUUGUAUUGGGAACAAGAACAUCUUCACGGUGUCUGAUCUGAAGCCCGACACACAGUACUACUUUGACAUGUUUGCAGUAAACACUAACACAAACCUGAGCACCGCAUAUGUUGGCACCUUUGCCAGAACGAAGGAGGAGGCCAAGCAGAAAACAGUUGAGCUGAAGGAUGGCAAAGUUACAGAUGUGUUCAUCAAGAGGAAGGGAGCCAAAUUUCUGCGGUUUGCUCCUGUUUCAUCUCACCAGAAGGUCACCUUUUCUGUUCAUUCAUGCCUAGAUGCUGUUCAGAUCCAAGUUAGAAGAGAUGGCAAACUACUCUUGUCUCAAAACGUGGAAGGGGUACGGCAGUUCCAGCUGAGAGGGAAAGCAAAAGCUAAGUAUCUAAUUAGGCUGAAAGGAAACAAAAAAGGUGCUUCUAUGCUGAAGAUUCUGGCAACGACAAGGCCUAACAAGCAGUUAUUUCCUUCUCUUCCUGAAGAUACAAGAAUCAAAGCCUUUGACAAACUCCGCACGUGUUCCUCAGUCACAGUGGCAUGGCUUGGCACACAGGAGAGAAACAAAUUCUGCAUCUACAAAAAGGAGGUGGAUGACAACUACAACGAGGAGCAGAAGAAAAGAGAACAGAACCAGUGCUUGGGUCCAGAUACAAGGAAGAAGUCGGAAAAGGUUCUCUGUAAAUACUUUCACAGCCAGAAUAUACAGAAAGCAGUUACCACAGAGACAAUCCGGGGCCUGCAGUCUGGCAAGUCCUACUUGCUGGACGUGUAUGUCAUUGGGCAUGGGGGGCACUCUGUCAAAUACCAGAGCAAAUUGGUGAAAACGAGGAAGUUCUGUUAGUGCACCUGUAAAUAGAGAUAUAUGGAACUCCACUCUGAACAUUAUCCUACUUCCCAGUAUACAGAUUGACUACUUGCACAGCUGAGAAGUUGUGGUCUGUAUUUGUACUGUGUAGAAAAGAUAUCAACUUGUAUAUUUAUGUUUACAUAAGUGAUUGUUUGGAGGAACUGAGGCUGGUGCUCUCUGGCAGCAUCUGACAGCUGUACUAUCAUGUGUCUGGUGACCCACAUUUGAUGCUCAGUAGAUGUCUGAGGUAGCAGGAAACCUUGCAGGAACUGACAUUCCUUCGCUUCCACAUUGCAUGAACUGCUUCUAAAUUAUUUUAUACUUAAAAGGCUGAGAUAAAUCAUUCAUCCACCUUGUUACUCACACACAGAACAAACAGGAAUACACCCUUUCUCUGAGUGUAGAUGGUAGAGUUUCUGUAAAUUAUUUUACAGAGUCUUGUUUUAAAUGUUUAUGUUUCUAUGAUUGUAAACUAUUAAAAUCUUUUCCCAUUAAAAUACAGAUCUAAACUAAAUAUUAACUGAGCUGCACAUGAAUCAGUUUCAUUGCUAAUGUAAAUUCUUACCUCGCUGAUUUUCACAUUUAAAUACUGUAUGUAUUUCAUGUACAAAGUUGCCAUAACAUUAUAUUCCUGUACAGAAAAUUAAAAAAAAUAUUAGAUUAUA